AUGCCCACAGCCCACAGUUCCAUUAACCGUUAUGAACUGCCUCUGUUGGAUCAAGGAAUUGGAACAGCUGUUUCCUGCCUUAACCGUUAUGACUUGCCACUACUGGAUCAAGGACUUGGAACAGGUCUUGGGGCACUUUCUCCUUCCCUUUCUCCCCAUACAAGCCUGCCACCUGCUCGUGGACUGGGAGGAAUUCCUCAAGUGAAUUAUGGCCAUCCAUUGCACAGCUCUGUUUCUCAAUUUUUAGACACUAUGAAUCUACAGUCAUCAUUCCCCAGCCAGUCCCAUUAUAAAACAGUUCCCAGCUCAUUCCCAUUUGACUCUGCACCACGAUCAUCAGCAGAACAACCAACAUGCUAUAGUUCAGGUCGAUAUGCCACUUCAUCACACAGUGGAGUUCCUGCACACAGUAAAUCCAUUUUUAGUCAGGAUUUCCAUUCUAGCAAGGAUCUUGCCAGCAGUCUUACCCCAUCACCUAUGUCCCCAAAUCCUCAUGUUUCCGAAACAAGCAAUAAGGGCUGGAGCUUGUCCAAUUUUGUUCCAACUUCAUCGAACCCCUUUGCAAAUUUAACCAAUGAGCUGUCUGGGCCUGGUAAUUAUGCACCUGCCUCGCCUAGCCCCCAGCAACACAUUCCUCCCCCGGCUCACAGCACUAACCGAGCCAUCAGCAGUCUCUCCCAGAGAAGUCCUUACCAGCCUGAUCCCAUCUACUGUUCAACCUCGCUGUCAAGCAGCAAGUCGGUGCCAUCACCACAGCUGCCACCUGUCUACAGCCGCACGUCACAAUCAGCGAAGCCGGCCCAUUCGCCACAGUUGCCUUCACCAUACAAUAUGUCCAACAUCAACCAUGAGCAACAACAACAACAACCACAACAACAACAACCGCAACAACAACAACAACCUACUACACCUCUUUCUCAACCACCAACACCUCGACCAUCAAACUACUCCUCCCCGCAAGAUCUGGAGAGCAUUUCUGGCUCCCAGUCUCCACUAUAUGAUCCUUACAGCUGUAUUAGCACCAAAAAUUACUCUGUCACUUCUACUGCACCUACUUAUAGUUCUGUGUCUCAUAUGACAUCAGACAUGGGCUAUGAUCCUGUGAGUCCGACUCAGCCCCUCUCUGAAGCACCUCCACAAAGCCAGCAUCAACAGCAGGGUGAGUCAUUUUGUACAGUCUCUUUGCAAGACUUGGCUUCUAUUGGAUCUAGUCAGGACCGAAUGCAGAAUAUAAAGAACCGAGAUAGUGUGCUGUUGCAAGAGACUUCGCAUAUCAUGCUGCACAGUACUACCAACAAGGGAGUGUCACAGUCUUUGAAUGAUCUUCAGCAGACUGUCCAGAAUAUUCAGGGCAUAACCUCUCGACCUCAGGCCAUCCAGUCUGCUCACAAUAUGCACAACGGUCAGCUCUCACAGAGCGUUCAAAGUCCCAUGCAACAGUCCCCAAUUAGCGUGGGGAGUCCGCAGGCUCCAAUAUCUCUUGGCAGUCCGCAGACUCCUCUUCCCAGCUCCACUGUUGUGCAAGCACCUCCUCCAGUCCAAGCUGUGGCAGAUUCAACCACCAAACCCAAACGGGGUGGACGUGGACGUAAGAAAAAAGACAUUCUCUAUGACAAAGCUCUUGAGCUUGGACAAGAACAUUUAUUCAAUGAUGAACCAAUAAACAUGACUCAAAAUACUGCAAAUGUAUUUCCUAACAUGGCACAAGUAAUGUCACAGCAGUGCCAUGACACUCUUCCUCCCCAACCACUGACAGAAGACACAUUGAGCCCUACGUACCAAGACCAUGUAGAUGACCGACAGCUGAAGGUUCAAAAUGUCAGUCCAGCAAUGGACCCUUCAUCUGUUGGCCGUUUGAACGACCGCCAUCAGGAAUCAUCUCCUACCAGUAUGCAGCAAUUCUCGGUACCAGGAAGCGUUGAAAGUUCCCAACCAAGUUCCGACCCGGUGGCAAACAUGCAUGCCACUUCAGUUGCCGGUAGCAUUGGGAGCCCCCAAGGCGUUCUGUCUGAGGAUAUGCCCAAUACAGCAACACCUAUGUCCGACCCAAUUGAGCGACCAGCUCCUAUUCCAGACCAAUUUUCCGAUAGCCUGACCCCACCAACUCCGACACCAGAGUUGUCAGACAUUCAGAAUUAUGGAAUGAGACGGCUAGCUGACUCUGCUUAUGCAAAUACAAUGGCUCAUAAUACAAUGGUUCAUAAUCAGAUGAACCUGCAACAUCCAGAACAGUUAUGUCCAGAAACAAUGCACAUGAAGCAAGAGCCUUCUCUGCAAAUGCAUCCUUCCUCAUUCAUAAAUUUCUCUCAGGUGUCAGCAUCCAAAGAUUUGGUGCAUGGUUCCAACAGCUUUGAGGAUUUGGCAAUGAGCAAAGAAGAUGGAUCGGAAUUUGAUGAUUUAGUCAAUGUUAAUACUGCUGAUACAAAGCCACAGAUGCUCUCCAAUGAUGAUGAAACACUUGGAGUAGCUGUUGCCACAAUCCAUGCUGAUUUCUCUAUGGCUGACAAGAAGCUAAAAAGAAGUCGUACCAAAGCAGAACAGAAACAGAUGCCGCUAACUGUAACAGCCAUUACUCUCCAAGCUGAAUAUGAUGAGGAGUUUCAGCACUUGCAGAAUAAGGCAAUGCUUGAUGGUGAGCUGCUGAAGAAACCAGAGACUAAAUCUUCAAAAACAGUUGAUGCUUUCCAAGAAAGCUAUAUAAAUUUCUUACAUGGUAAAAAAACGGAGACCCUGUCUAGUUUGAGUUAUUCUAAUAUCACUAGACGCACUCCUCUUACAAAGUAUGACCCAAGACUGUUCACUCCUAGUCAGAACAAUAUGGCACGAGCUGACACAUCUGGAAGUGGGUUCAGGAAGACUCCCAAUUUAACUGAGCUGGAAAGUUCGAAAAUGGAUCCAGUGAACAUGAACCAAUCUUCAACAGCAUUUUCUGAUGAGGAAAACAGUAUUAAUGUGGUUGAAGAUUUGUUUCAAAAUCUUUGUGAUAACUUUGAACCCGACAAUCAGGUGCAUAAACAAUUGGUCCCCGAAGCAGGCAGAAGCCCUCGACGGGGACGAGGCAGUCGUGGAGGCCGGGCACCCCGAGCUAAACGUGGUCGGGGCAGGUACAGGAUAUUUCCUGGUGAAAGAGAAGACCUAGGCUUCUUCGAUAAGGUCUCAUCAGAAAAUGAGGUUGAUAAGACUCUUGCACCUGGGCUACCUUUACGGCAAACCUCUUCUCGUAAAGCAAAAGAAAAAACUCUUACACAAAGGAAACGCAAACAUGAACUUGGUUCUGACUCCGGUAGUGACACAGAUCAUGUUACUGGCAUGUUUCUUGGGCUGAAAAGUGACAGUGCAGACAGUGCAGAAAAUUAUGAUUCUGACAAGGAUCCUGCUUGGACACCAUUUGCCUUGGAAAAAAGGCAAGCUGCAUUUAAUGAAAGUGAAUUUCCAGAUAUAAAACGCAGAGUCCGCAGCCGAGGUCGAGGUAGAGGAAGGAUUGGUAAUAGAACCAUCAGCCGAAGAUCACGAGGUCGAGGACGUAAAAACAAUAACUUUGAAAUUUUGGAACCCUUGCCAGUUGAAGAUGAGAAAAUAGAAGCAAAAGGAAUUGCUGAGGAGGAGCUGGGAGGAGAUGAAGAAAAUUGUGUUCAUAACUUUGAAGAAGGUGAAUUUAUUAUUGAAAAAAAGGAUUUGAAUAACUAUGAUAAAUUUCCAGUUUGGAAGAUUGAAACUGGACGUCUGCAGAAAUAUGAGCUUAUCAAUGAAGAGGACAAAAUUUACCAUAGAGCUGUGCCAACUUAUCGGACAUGGACAACAGCCUGGAGGAAACAGUUCAGUCCUAUUAAAACCAAGUUAAUUUCAAAAGGGUUUAAUACUGAGAUAAUAGAAGUUGAAAGUGAAUUCUGCCCAAAGCCCCCAAGUGAAGAAUGUAAUAUGCCAAGUGGAAGUACAAGUCCACAAGCCAAAUUACAUUCUGAACUAAGUGCAUCUCCCCUGAUGGCCAAGGAAAAAUCUGACAGUGAGAGUGAAGGGGAGGAGGAAGAGGAAGAAGAAGAGGAGGAGGAAGAGGAAGAUGAAGAUGACAAACGGAAUUCCGAUUCUUCUGACAGUGAAUCAGAUUCAGACAUGGAAGAAGCUCCUGUACAUAAUUUUGAGCCAGGAAAGUUUAUAAUUGAGACAAAAGAUUUAUCCAAUUAUGAAAAAGAUGGAAAAAUUCGACACAGAGCUGUUCCAACAUAUUCAAGCUGGAUGCCAACUCUUCGUCAACAAUUCAAACCAAUAAGAGCCAAAUUGAUAUCACAAGGAUUUAAUAAAGAAAUUGUCGAGGUGGAAGAAUUCUUCCGACCCAAACCUCCCAGUGAUGGCAGCUUAGAACGUCAGUAUGAAGAUGAUCCUUUAGUGGAAUCGUUCAAUAUCUACAUGAAGAUUUUCUUGAGUCAAGCCCUGGAACCAGGCUUCUUGAAUGCUAUAACAACCAAUGGUGAUAAUUUUUUUCUCAAGCCACUGCAAACUGUUGACAGUCUGAUAGAUCUAAAAGUUGAUGAAAUUGAGUCCAAAGUUCAAUGGAAGUCAAAAUUCAAAGAAUGCUUGAAGAUGAAGCCUGUACUAAGAGAGCUUGACCGACCAAAUCUGAAGCAAUCCUGUCAGGCAUGUGAAAAUGCUAGUCAACCUGCCAUAAAGUCCAUCCAUUUAUAUGGUCAACCUUAUGACCUGUUUAAUCUAGGAGAACAAACAGUGGAUCCUGGAGAGAAUGCCGCUGUUGCACAGGAAUUUAUGAUAGGCAAGACAGCUGCUAUGUAUGUUGGCUCCUAUCACAGCUUAUACCAUUUUAAGUACCAUCUUUAUGAACGAUGUUUGGCUAAGGUGAAUAUUAUAAAAGAAAGUGGAAAUCAUUUGGAAAAUAGUGAAAUCAUAAACCAUUGUCUUCAGAACAGAGCUUGGGUUCUCAAGCUUUUUGAAGAUUUGAAGACUUUACUUGAAAAACGAUGA